UUGACAUUAAUUACUGUCACUAAAGUGAAGCAAAUUAAAACCUCGCUUACCGGCUGAGAGAACAUUCAGCAAUGGCAUCCCCCACGACCCACUUCAUUGUGGUGCACAUCUUCACCAUUCUGGUUGCCACAAGCAAUGCCUGGAGACCCAAGUUCUCAUCCAUUCUUGUGUUUGGGGAUUCAACAGUCGACCCAGGCAAUAACAACUUCCUGGAGACAUUGUUUAAGGGAAACCAUUCCCCGUAUGGCAGAGACUUCCCUGGUCACAGACCCACUGGUAGAUUCUCCAAUGGAAAACUUGUUACUGACUUCAUUGCCUCUCUUCUACAAAUCAAGGAGUUCGUCCCUCCUUAUCUAGACCCAAAUCUAUCAGAUCUUGAGCUUCUAACCGGAGUCAGCUUUGCCUCUGGCGGAUCAGGAAUCGAUGACUUGACCACGAUUUCUUCUGGAGUGGUCCCUGUUUCCAAGCAAAUUGAGUACUUCAGAGAAUAUGUAGAAAGAAUUAAGCGCAUUGUGGGGAAAGAAGAAAGUCAGAAGGUACUUGGACGCGCUCUUGUUAUCAUCAGUGCUGGAACUAAUGACUUCAGUUUCAAUUUUUAUGAUGUUCCCACAAGAAAAUACGAGUUUGAUAUAAGUGAAUACCAAGAUUUUCUGCAGAAUAGGUUUCAAAUCUUCAUAAAGGAACUUUACAGCCUCGGAUGCAGGAAGGUAGCUGUCGUUGGGCUUCCUCCAAUCGGUUGCAUACCCCUUCAGAUAACAACAAAGUUAAAGAAUCUAAAGGAUCGAAAAUGUGUAGAGCAAGAGAACAUAGACUCAGAACUCUACAAUAAAAAAUUGGAAAGGCUAUUGCUUCAUGCGCAAGCCAUGCUUCCAGGAAGCAGAGUUGUUUACGUAGACGUGUAUAACCCCUUGAUCAACCUCAUCAAUCAACCUGAAAAAUACGGUUUUGAGGUAACGAAGAGAGGGUGUUGUGGAAGUGGCAUUUUUGAAGCAGGACCGUUGUGCAACGAGCUCACGCCGGCAUGUGAGGAGGCUUCAAAGUAUGUAUUUUGGGAUAGUGUGCAUCCAAGUGAAGCAGCGUACAAGUAUAUUGCAAAAUACGUGGAGGAGGAGGUGCUGCCCAAGUUUGUGAAUAAUAAUAGUGAUAGCAGCGAAUUGUAUUUGUGAAUCAGGUCCAUGCCCUGGCCGCGGUAAGACGAGUCACAUACAUAAGCUUGUGUUAUUUGUGGGUGCCCGAUUAAACAACUAGUUUAAUUAAUUUAUUAAUUAACUAAUAAUGGAGAUAAAUAAAUGAAUAUCAUUCCACCAUUUUUACAAUGCUGCUCCUGCUAUGUUAUGUUUACGUUUUAUUCACAAAUGAAUUCAAAUUACUUAAUAAUUUAAAGCAUUAUAUGUGAGUAAGUGUAAAUUGAAAAAAACAUCUUUAGAAAAAUUAUUUCUACUCAAGCUUAACAAUAUUCAAAUAUGACACAAUCAGUGCCGUGUAAAUAAAAAAGUAUCAGACGUGACACUAUAAAUCAGAUACUAAGAAUGUGUCUACUGUCUACUCUUCAUCGGCAGAAUGGCAUGUUUUCAUGUAGUGUAUCUAAGUUUAUUGUUCGUAUUGUGCCUAAACAUGUGCAGAAA